AUGGAGAUGAGCCAUUUGAUGUCGCGGUACCAUGGGAUGAAUACUGCCCAUUUAUCUGUUGAUGAGCUAGAGCAUGAGUUGAAAAUUCGUCAGCUAGCCCACGAUGCUCCGCGCAGUCAGCUAGAGAGAGUACUGCGAAACCGCCUGAAAGAGGAAAAGAAUUUGUCACAUGUUGCGGUUGAUUUUGAUUGUGAAUCGGUGGUGAAUGAGUUGAUUGAGUGUGAUGAAAAACUAAAUAAUAUUAAAGCUUGUCUGGAAGGUAGGAAGGCAAAGAAGGCCCCAGAACAAAUUUAUAAGACUAAGUUGCUUCAUGUUCUUUUUCGAAUGGAACGGCUGAAGCCAAAUGCCGUUGAAGAAGAAGAUUUGAACAGCCUAGCAAUGAUUGCUGGGGACUGUGUGAGGUUACUCAAUGUCUAUUUUUCUGUUACCUCCCACCUCCCAGAAGUGAGAGAAGCUGAACGAACCAUUAUCAACGAGAGCAUAAAUCAAAUGCGCCGAACAGACACAGAGGCAGGACCGAGCCGCCAAGAAUUGAACGAGAGAAUUUUGGAAGAGAGUCCCGGAGAGAAUGUGGAUGAACCCCGACAUGAGAUCCCCGUCGAGGUAGAAUCGAAUGUGGAGAGUGACGAUGAAAGCAUAGUGGAAAGAGCGGUCAACGAAGAUGCAGAGGGUGGUGAGCAGGUGGAAAAUGAGGAAGCGAAUCGGCAUGAUAGGCUAGCAGAGGAAAAUAAACAGCUUUUGUCGGUUGUAAACCAGUUGUUGCAAAGGAUUCAGGUACUUGAGGGAAAAUGUGCGGAACAGACAGGGAUUAAAGUGUGUAAAAUCAGCAAUAGCACCCAGAUGGAAGAAAGUAACAGUGAGAAGAGAAAGGAAGGGAAAAUUCAGUCGGACAAACCAGAUUUCUUAGCUUGGUUAAAGGAAAGGAAUGGUACAGUAGACAGUUUGAAAAGUUCAGAAAAUAAAAAGGGCGAUGUGCAAGACAAAUUAGAUGAGCCAGUUAGUGAUAGUAGUAGGUCGAAAGUGAAUAACAACCGUUUACCUGUGCAUAAAUGGACAACUAGGUACGAUGGAAUGGAUAACGGUAGAAAGUUAAACGAAUUUCUAAAGGAGGUAGAAUUCAAUGCGCGUUCGGAAGGGUUUACAGAAGCAGAGUUGCUCGUCAGUGCACACCAUCUGUUCACGCAGAAAGCCAGGUCAUGGUACAUGGAAGUAAAUGGUAGCAAUGAAAUUGGGACGUGGAAGGAAUUAGUACAAGAAUUGAAGAGUGAGUUCUUACCUGUCGAUAUCGAUUACGUCUAUGAGCGGCAAGCCAACAACCGGAAGCAAGGCGCAAGAGAGAAGUUUCAGGACUAUUAUUUGGACAUGGUCCGGAUCUUCCGGGGUAUGUCAGUUCCUUGGGAUGAAAAACGGAAGUUCGAUGUUCUUUUCCGGAACACACGCGGGGAAUGUCGUACCGCGAUGCUCGCCGCCAAUAUCAGCAAUAUUGCUAAAAUGAAAGAGUUUGGUAAGAGUUCUGCUUCUAAUGAGCCAGUUCCAGGACCAAGUGGAACUAGUGCUUUACAACGGAUUGUUGGGGCGUACAUUCCGGUGAAAAGGGGUGUUUGCUUCAAUUGUCACGAAUAUGGACAUAGUUACACGCAAUGUGCCAAGAAACGAGACGAGUUUUGCGAACGAUGCGGAUUCCCCGGGUAUGCAACAAAAGAGUGUCCCUUUUCUGAUCCUACGGAAGUACUUAUGCAGCUUGGCUAUUCGCAGGUGCGUGGAGAAGUAGAAGAGGAGGAAGAGGAUGGCGAGAUAGCAACAAUGCUCGUAACUCUCAGUAAUGAUCCUCGACCAUUUGCGAAGGUCGAAAUGCUGGGUAUUUCAGUAAUCGGAUUGCUAGACAGCGGAGCAGCAAGAACAGUUUUAGGGAUAGGAGGAAGGAAGCUAGUUAAAGAUUUAAAAUUGAAAAUUAGACCCACGGAGAUGAGUUUGAAAACAGCUGCAGGGCAGGAAUUAGAAGUUGUAGGGUGUGUAGACAUUCCAAUAACAUUCAAUGACAAAACAAAAAUCAUACCAGUGGUGAUUGCUCCUAAGUUGAGUCGUAGAUGCAUUCUGGGUUACGAUUUUUGGCAGCAAUUCGGUAUUCGUCCUACAGUGCACAAAUUCGUGGACGCGAUCGAGGAUGGAUGCAGUGACUCUCUGGAAGAAGAAGAAGAAACGUUAAGCGAGGAACAAAUUCAGCAAUUGGAGGAGGUCAAGAAGUUGUUCUUAGUAGCAAGUCCGGGUAAUUUUGGAAAGACGGAUCUAAUUGAACACCGUAUAGAACUGAAGGAGGAGUUUCAGGCAACGGACCCGGUUCGGAAGAAUCCCUACCCUUGGAGUCCUGAAAUACAGAGGAAGAUUCACAAGGCUUUGGACAAUAUGGUACGAGAUAACAUUAUUGAACCCUCCAAUUCGGAUUGGGCCCUACCAAUAGUGCCGGUUAAAAAACGAGAUAGUGAAGAUGUGCGAUUAUGUUUAGACGCUAGGAAGCUGAACGAGCGAACAAAAAGAGAUGCAUAUCCUCUCCCACACCAGAACAGAAUUUUAAGCCAUCUAGGGCCAUUUAAAUAUUUGUCGACCAUAGAUUUGACCCAGGCUUUCUUACAGGUGCCCCUGAAUCGAGAAUCUCGGAAAUACACCGCUUUCUCGAUCCCAGGAAAAGGCCUUUUUCAGUUCACACGGUUGCCGUUUGGACUGAUCAACAGCCCGGCAACUCUGAGUAAGCUGAUGGAUCGAGUGUUAGGCUAUGGUGCGCUAGAACCUUCCAUUUUUGUGUAUCUGGAUGAUAUUGUAGUGGUCAGCAAUUCUUUUGAGGACCAUAUACAAAAAUUACGAGAACUGGCGAGACGACUGAGAGAAGCUAAUUUAGUAAUUAACUUUGAAAAGUCAAACUUCUGCUGCCAUGAAUUACCGUACCUCGGUUACAUUUUGUCCCGAGAAGGACUUAGGCCUAACCCAGAUCGAGUUCAAGCGAUCCUUGGGUAUGAGGCCCCGAGCUCGGUAAGAUCCUUAAGACGAUUCCUCGGUAUGGUGAACUAUUACCGCAGGUUUAUCGAUAAAUUUAGCGAACUCACUGCACCUCUCACCGACUUGCUUAAAAACAAGCCGAAGAGAGUGCAGUGGAACAACGCAGCAGGAGAAGCUUUCAAGGCUAUCAAAGAGAGGCUGAUUUCAGCGCCUGUGAUGGCCAAUCCGGACUUUAGCGUGCCAUUUUCAGUACAAACGGACGCUAGCGAUACAGCUCUCGCAGGAGUUCUUACCCAGUUACAAAAUGGAGAGGAGAGGGUAAUUGCAUACUAUUCGGAGAAACUGAAGGGAGCAGAGCUGAGCUAUCAUGCAGCGGAAAAGGAAGGGCUCGCCGCUCUCCGAUGUAUUGAGAAAUUCAGGUGCUACAUUGAAGGCACAAGGUUCACGCUGGUGACCGACUCAUCCGCACUUUCAUUCAUCAUGAAGGCGAAAUGGAAGUCAUCGUCACGUCUUAGUCGUUGGAGCAUAACUUUACAACAAUACGACAUGGAGGUAAAGCAUAGGAAAGGGAAGGAGAACAUAGUUCCUGAUGCGUUGUCCCGGUCCAUAGAAACAAUCGACACGAUAGCUGAGGAUAAGUGGUACAUUAAUUUGUACGGUUCGGUAGAGCAAUGCCCGGAGAAGUUUAUGGACUUCCGGAUCGAAAAUUCGAAACUGUACAAGCUUGUUUCAGCACGUUCCGAUAUCCUCGACUAUCGAUUCGAGUGGAAGGAAUGCGUACCAGAAUCUAAGCGACUACAAAUAAUGAAACAGAAGCAUGACGACAAUUUUCAUAUAGGGUUUGAAAAGUGCAUCGAAAAUCUGAAACAGAGAUUCUAUUGGCCUAGAAUGUACGCUGACCUAAAAAAGUACAUAAGUGCCGGAUUCAGCAAACAGGCGGCCAUUGGGGGUGGCGAUAAUAGAGGAUUCGGGCGGAAUUCAUUGGCGAACCAAAGGGUCAACGGUCGAAGGUAUGAGGUCAAUAACCACCAAAACCGGAGUUCAAUUGCCCGGUAA